CAUUGAUUUGUUUCUUCUUUCUUCCAUGGUUGAAUUCUCUUAGUGAAGAGUGAAGAUUCAUUAGUUAAUUUUCUAUGACAGAGGCAACGAGGGAGAUGAAAACCUUGGAGGAGGAAGAAGAAGCAGAAGCUGGAAUUGAGAUGUGGAAGUACAUAUAUGGAUUUGCUGAAAUGGCCGCAGUGAAGUGUGGCAUUGAGCUAGGCAUAGCUGAUGUCAUGGAAAGCCAUGGAAGCCCCAUCACUCUUUCUGCUUUGUCUUCUUCCCUGGGGUGCCCGCCUUCUGGUUUGAACCGGAUCAUGAGGUUCCUGGUGAGCCGGAGAAUAUUCAGGGAGGUGGCGACAAGCCAAGGCGAUACAGGCUAUCAACAAACACCCAUGUCACGGUGCCUGAUGACGAGCGGAGGAGAUGGCAUGGCUGCCUUUGUGUUGCUGGAGAGCAGCCCAGUGAUGCUGGCUCCAUGGCAUGGCCUGAGCGCCCGGGUUCUAGGGAAAGGGAACUCAACGUUCGAGGCUGCCCACGGGGAUGAUAUCUGGGGCUAUGCAGCUAAAAACCCUGAUCACAGCAAGCUUAUAAAUGAUGCAAUGGCUUCUAAUGCCAGGAGGGUAGUGCCAGCAAUGGUGAAUGACUGUCCAGAGGUGUUUGAUGGGGUGAGCACCCUGGUGGAUGUAGGUGGGGGCAAUGGCACCGCCCUGCGGACGUUGGUCAAGGUCUGCCCAUGGAUUAGAGGCAUCAACUUUGAUCUUCCUCAUGUCGUGGCCACUGCUCCUAAAUGUAACGGUGUUGAGCAUGUUGGAGGAAACAUGUUCGACAGCGUCCCCAAAGCUGAUGCUGUUUUCAUCAUGAAGGUCCUACAUGAUUGGGGAGAUGAAAAGUGCAUCAAGAUCCUAGAAAAAUGCAGAGAAGCCAUUCCAGAGGACAAAGGGAAGGUGAUCAUUGUAGAAGCCGUGAUUGAAGAUGGUGAUCCCCAAGGUGAUGAUCAGAAGCUCAAGGAUGUGAAGUUGAUGGUAGACAUGGUUAUGAUGGCACAUACUACUACAGGCAAAGAAAGGACCUUCAAGGAAUGGGACUACGUCCUUCUCAAUGCUGGUUUUAGUCGAUAUACCAUAAAACCUAUUCGCAAUAUUGUGCAGUCUAUCAUUGAAGCAUACCCUUAAUAUAUCGCAAGGCAAGAAAAUAAAAUCAAAAGAAAGACAAACGCGCCUUAAGAACAGUGCCUUGUCAGACAUAAAACAAGUCCCACAUCGACUACAAGUCAAAACUCACGCUACUGGCAAAGGAAGGGCCUUAAAGGAGUGGGAGUAUGUUAAGGGACCAUUUCUGCGGUCUGUGAUUGAAGUGGGUCCUUGGCUUGAGCCGCGGUUCAGGGUGGAAGCUCAAACUUUAAUCCAGUUUCUGUUGUUUUUCUGGAAAAAAUAAAUGGAGGAACCAAGUAUGUGUGUUGCCUGAUUCAUCUUGUUGCAUAACUGGUAGGUGCCAGGUGGCAGUUCUUUUGGGUCUGGUUCUCUAAUCUAAAUACAACUUGAUUAAUUUGUGAUGAAAA